AUCAUCAGACUCCUCACCUGCGUUGUCAGUGGAGAUCAGGGCGUCCUUUGAGCUUGGUCGAAUGCUAGGUGAUGGAGAGGUCAUCGGCGAACUUCAGAUGUCGUGGGAUGAACUACUCGAUCAUGGGAAUGAGCCAUUUGAUAUAUUCUUCCCGCCCGUCCUCGGUGUUCACCCUUCCCUUAAGCUGAAGGCUGCCAUUGUACAUGCUUGCGACGAUCAGGACGACGCACUGUUUGAUUCCCUCGUAGACUGCAAGAUUGCUCGAGACACAGAUGCGGGCCACGCACAAUUGGCCGCAUACGUGACGAGCGAGAACGUCUCUCACCUGAACGACGCUGUAGAGCAUUUUCAGUUGGUUCUGGAUCAGUGUCCGGUCAGCCAUCCAGAUCAUGCCACGGCUUUCACCAACCUCGCGUGCGCCCGCCUCUUGGGCUACAUCCGAAAUGAUGUUGAAGACAUCGAUGGCACCAUUUCCCUCUUCCGCGACGCCCUUGCAUUGCGUCCGCAGCCCCAUCCCGAUCAUCCCUUAUCUCUAUACAAUCUCACCCGAGCGCUGAAUUGGCGUCACUCCAAGACAAGUACUGCUGCAGACAUAUGCGAAGCCGCCCAACUCUAUCAUGAGCUACUGCCUCUCUGUCCAGAGGGCACGUACCUUCGUAGCAUCGCAGCGGGGAAUGGUGUCGAUUAUGUGAUCACCGGAUGCCAUAAUCUUCCAAAAGACGCAUCUGAUGAAGGCAUCCAUCUUCGAAGAGUCGUCCUCGAGCUCUGUCUGGGCCAUCGACUCCGUCCCAAAGCCCUCAACGAGCUUGCACAAGCACUUCAAACACGCUUUGAUCAGCACGGCAGCAUCGAUGAUCUUGACACGAGCAUACAACUCGGUCGUGAAGCAGUGUCUCUGAUCCCCGAGGGACGUGCUGACCGUGAUACCUACCUGAACAACUUGGCCUUGUCACUCAUGUCGCGCUUCAAUGACCAAGGCAAACCUAAUGACCUCGAUGAGGCCAUAUCUUUGCACGGAGAGGCGCUGCGCCUGCGCCCCGUUGGGCACAAAUUACGUGAUUACUCAUUGGACAACCUAGGGCUCGCCCUCACGGCUUGUUUCAACAAACGCAGCGACAUUGAUAACAUCACCCGAGCUAUCAGCCUCUAUCGCGAGUCACUGACGUUGCGUCCACCUGGGCAUCCACGUCGUGAAACCACACUUAACAACCUUGCCCUCGCGCUCCAAACCAGAUGUAACAAAUCGCAUGUUAGCGAGGAUCUUAACGAGGCCAUUGAUUUGUAUCGCGAAUCUCUUCCGUUAAGGCAGCUUGACGAUCCAGAGCGCCAUAGAAAUCUUUUCAAUCUGAGCUCGGCGCUCUGCUCUCGUUUCGCGCAAACUCGGAAGAAUGAAGAUGUCGAGGAGGCCAUUACUCUUUGCCAACAAUCAUUGGCGGCUCUGUCUUCACUGCACCCAGACAGAACAUUCAGCUACUGGUGGCUGCAGAUGGCUUAUCAAUCUCGUUACCGGAUUCUACACGACUCUGCUGAUUUGUCACUCGCUGUAGAGAACUUCAGACUAGCAUCAGGACAUGCAACACAAGGCUUUCCGCAACGUAUUGAGGUAGUUUUGCACUGGGUUGCUGCAGCGGAGGAGUACAACCAUGCAUCUGGACUGGAGGCCUACACAACAUUUUUCAACCUUUUUGACGGUCACUUGGCCACGCGAUCAUCGACAAUUUCACGACGCGAAGCUGCCACCGCCUUCUAUUAUGCCAGAUCACUGCCUGUAGAUGCAGCCUCAUGUGCCAUACGUCGUGACAAUCUACGACAAGCAGUUGAACUUGUGGAGCAGGGUCGUGGCCAGCAAUGGUCGCUGGCAUCUCGACUCAGAACUCCAGUUGAAGACCUCGAGUCAGCAAAUCCCACACUGGCGCACAAUUAUUUGCAGCUGAGCAAACUCGUUUCCAAUGCAGCCCAGAGUUCUGCAAUCGUCACUGACAGAGCUGCUGCUGAUCGAGCAGCAACAGAGUAUAGGAGACUUACAAGGCAAUGGGAAGCAGUGGUAGCUGAGAUACGCGAUCUUUCAGCGUUCUCGCGGUUCCUGCUUCCACCUUCGUAUGAAGACCUCCAAGCAGCAGCGCGCCAGGGACCGGUCAUCAUCCUCAUUGCGAGUCAAUACUCUUGCAGCGCCAUCAUCGUCCCGACGUCAGGAGACCCCCAUCAUGUUCCUUUACCGUCCAUCGCUCUCGCAGAUCUCAAUAUUCUCAAGGAUCGCUUCACCAGGGCAAUACGAGAUUCAUCUCAGAUGAACCCACGGGAGUCGAGGACGGAUCUCAUAGUGCUCUUGCGGAUAAUAUGGGACCAGAUCAUGCUGCCCAUCGUCGACGUACUCGAGCACGUCCUCAAACUACAGCGCCGCUCUCGAAUCUGGCUGUGUCCCACUGCAGCUUUCACGUCCAUUCCUCUCCAUGCAGCUCACCCGUUUCAAACAAAGCCGGAUCGUUCUGGGAAGGAGCCAUGCCUGGAGGAUCUCUACAUCUGCUCUUACACGCCGACACUUUCGGCUUUGAUCAGAUCUAGACAGAUGAUGAAGAAGCGCGUGCCUCCGUCCUUUGUAGCGAUCGGACAGGGUCAACCGGGUGCAGGGAAAGGCAAGGCGCUGUUGGCUGUCGACAGCGAACUUGAGCUUGUCCAUAAGCUCGUCCCUGCGACAGCCAACCGCACCACUAUUUCUGGCGACGUAGCCACACGAGCAGGUGCACUCUCAGCCUUGCAACAGAACACCUGGGUGCACCUUGCUUGUCAUGGCAAGCAGGACCCUAAACAGCCUUACGAUUCGCAUUUCGUCAUGAGAGACGAACAUCUGACGCUGCUCGAUAUCAUGGAGAAACAUCUUCCGCAGGCCGAGUUCGCGUUCUUAUCGGCUUGUCAUACCGCUGUAGGCGAUGAGGAGACGCCCGACGAAGUGAUUCACCUCGCAGCUGGUAUUCAGUUUUCAGGGUUCAAGAGCGUCGUUGGCACGCUGUGGGAGGUCGACGAUGCUGUCGCAAAACACGUAGUCGAAGCUUUCUACAAGUAUAUGUUUGGAGAUUUGAAGGAUGGUCACGGUGGUGUCAUGGACUGUACGAGGGCAGCCUGGGCACUCAACUGUGCUACGCACGCGGUGAAGACGAAAGUUCCGCUCGAGCAGAGGAUGGUUUUUGUUCAUAUUGGUGUGUAG